GACGCCGAUUUGGACGGAUCCGCAAUGCGCAUCGGGAUUAUCCGUACGCGUUGGAACGACGAGCACGUGACGAAUCUCGUCGACGGCAUCAAAGAGGGAUUGCGGGCCUGUCAGGUGGAGGAGGACAACAUCUUCGAAACAUCCGUCCCGGGUGCCUUUGAACUCCCCAUGGCGGCGCGUUUUCUCGCCCUCAGCGGCACCGUCGACGCCAUUAUCACGACCGGUGUCCUCAUUAAAGGAGAAACCAUGCAUUUCGAAUACAUUAGUGACGCCGUGGCCAAAGGAAUUAUGAAUAUUGGUCUGCAAACCUCGACGCCCGUCAUUUUUGGUGUGCUCACGUGUUUGGACGAAGCCCAGGUCCAGGCGCGGUCCUCGGGAGACAGCAAUCACGGCGUGGAUUGGGGCAAAACUGCCGUGGAAAUGGCGUUG